GUAUCUGAACCACUGAUUAUGCUACAGUAUUAUAGGAUUACGAAGGGCUGACUGAUUUAGAACUACAACUCCCAUGAAACCUGUCGCUUAAUGAUGACGCACAUAUUGAGAAUCUUCAGGAAGGUUGCAAAACAAUUGCGUCAGGAACUUGCGCACUUGUAUCUAGAAAGGUGAACGACAAAGUCUGCUCUCUCGAUAGAGGAUAAUAAAUCGUCGUAACUAUGUUGGUGGCGAGGCUGACGUGCCUGAGGAGCCUCCCGCUCGCCGGGCUCCGUCCUGUGCUGACCCAGGGCUCCCCAGCCCUGAGAGUACCCACCCUGAAGGCCUGUCCACCCCUGCUCAGGCCCCAGCAGGGAUUUUCCUCCAAAGCCAGAUUUGGUUUCCGCCGUGCAAGGACAAGUAGAGACCAGCUCAAGGAAGCAGCUUUUGAGCCAGCAACAGAUACCGCAAUUAAAAUUGACAGCAUGGGAAGAAUGAUUCUGGCUGGAGGUGCAGCAGUUGGCCUUGGAGCUCUGUGUUACUAUGGACUCGGCAUGUCCAAUGAAAUCGGCGCCAUUGAGAAAGCAGUGAUCUGGCCUCAGUAUGUGAAGGACAGGAUCCACUCCACCUACAUGUACUUUGCAGGUAGUGUUGGACUGACAGCUCUGUCAGCUGUAGCAGUGAGCAGGACCCCGGCACUUAUGGGACUAAUGAUGAGAGGAUCCUGGCUGGCUAUUGGAGCAACGUUUGCAGCCAUGAUUGGUGCUGGCAUGCUGGUCAGGUCCAUUUCAUAUGAGCACAGCCCAAUGCCCAAACACCUCGCUUGGAUGCUCCAUGCAGGUGUGAUGGGUGCUGUCAUCGCGCCCCUUACUCUCCUGGGGGGCCCUCUGAUGAUGAGGGCCGCCUGGUACACAGCAGGCAUUGUGGGAGGUCUGUCUACUGUGGCUAUGUGUGCCCCGAGCGAGAAGUUCCUCAACAUGGGUGGUCCAUUGGCUGUCGGGUUUGGAGUCGUCUUCGCCUCCUCUAUUGGAUCAAUGUUCCUGCCACCUACCUCGCCAUUUGGAGCGGGCCUGUACUCUGUGGCCAUCUAUGGAGGCCUGGUCCUGUUCAGCAUGUUCCUCCUCUAUGAUACACAGAAGGUCAUCAAGAAGGCAGAGACAUACCCACUCUAUGGUGUACAGAAAUAUGACCCCAUUAAUGCGUGUAUGGGGAUUUACAUGGACACACUGAACAUCUUCAUGAGGAUGGUGAUGAUUCUGGCUGGCGGCGGCGGUGGCAAAAGGAAGUAAACGGCAGGAUUCUGACUUCAGCUUGAGUUUCAUCUUCCACAGAGCUGAACAAAGUCACAUUACCUUACUAGCAGCAUACACAAGGUGUUAUCUUUUAGUGACAAGUCUUAUCUUACUUGUAAAUAACAUGAAAAACAUGAAUGCUUUGCGAAUCUGCAAGGACUGCACUCUGCCGCACAUUGGCAGUCCAAGUAAAGAAGACAAAUUGUUCUACCUUGAUAACACACUGAGACAGAGCUCUUUGGUUGUGGAAGUAUGUGGUUUAUCCUGGAAGUACAGAUGGGUUAAAUAGGCCUACCAGCAUCAUUUUGCCUGUCUCAAAGAUCAUUUGUAUUGUUCAUUAUGUUUUCUAUUUAUUUCCACUUUGGUGUCUGUUCUGUCUCUGAUAAGGAUGCAAGUACAAGAGGAACCUGAUAACAGAAAUGCUACAUGUUAACCAUAGACCGGUCUAGACUCCCAAUACAAUACACAAUAAAAUAAAUUAACUGUUUCAUGCUGCAGUAUACGCUGAUUUGCACUUCUGUGAUUGGUUAGUUCAUAUAUUUCUGAGAAAAAUAAACAAUAAUUUCAACAGUUGAAUCUCUCAAUAAACAUGUUUUCAGUUUGAA